AAAUGCCGGGGGUUUCAUUUGCGUGACGUACGUAGUGACGUCUGACGUCCUCUGACUCGUGGGUGGCACCGGUUUGACCUAGACAGCGGCCGGAGGAGAAGAUGGCAGCGGCGGCAGCGGGCAGGUUCUCCAUGAAGGUUCGCUCCUUCAGCACAAGUGUCUCCAGACCAGUAGCCAAGUUGGUGAGGCCGCCCAUCCAGGUGUUCGGUGUGGAAGGCCGCUAUGCUACCGCUUUGUACUCUGCCGCUUCCAAGGAGAAGAAACUUGAUCAGGUCGAGAAGGAUCUGAACAGAGUAUCUACUCUUAUUAAGGAUCCUAAGUUCUCAUUCAUCAUCACAGACCCCCACAUCAAGCGUGGUCUGAAGCAGAAGACCAUCACUAAUCUCCUGGCUAAAGAGAAGCUCUCCCCUCUCACCUCCAACUUCAUCAAUCUACUGGCUGAGAACGGUCGCCUGCGCUAUACUCAAGAAGUGAUCGGUGCAUUCGCUAAAAUGAUGAGCGCUCACCGAGGAGAGGUGUUGUGUUCUGUCACCACGGCCUCUCCUCUGGAUGAAGCAAGUCUGACAGAAUUAAAGGCUGCCCUCAAUGGAUUCCUUGCAAAGGGAGAAUCACUGAAACUGGAGACCAAGACUGACCCCGAAAUCUUGGGAGGAAUGGUUGUCAGCGUUGGGGACAAAUACAUUGACAUGUCCACAAAAACAAAGAUCCAGAAAUUGACCAAGGUCAUGAGAGAGGUGUAAAAGUCUAUAUAUAUUUUCCUCCCAAUAGUUUUGUCCGAUUACCAGUAACUGAAUAAAUAAUUUUACCUGGUGUAACUUG